UGCUCUGGGUGCUGUGUUUAAAAGAGCUUGCUUAGCCUCAUGUACGCUCAGUGGGCUUCCAGGCACAUGAGAUACGGUGACUCUGUAACAACACAGGAACAACCACAAGGCAUUUUUGUGACUGUGGAACAUCUGAUUUACAAAAUAAUCUGAUUACAUGCAGGGGCAGACUAACACAUACACCAGCAUUAACAUCAGAAUGUACGUGCCUGGGGCCGUGCUGGCCCUCUGCCUGCCCUGCUUUUUGAGUGGGAAUGUGUUUGGUUAUGAAUAUGGAGAGGAUUACUACUAUAAUGGAAUCUCCAAUGGUGAACGGCUGCAAACAAAAACUACGCAAAUUCCCUGUCCGCCUCAAGACCUCUCACGCUGGGAAAAACUCUUCAUCAUGCUAGAGGACUCUGAGAUGAAGCAAAACAUGCUCUUGCAGCAGAAUGAAGACAUGGUUAAGGUGGAGAUGGACUCCAUACGGAAGGAGCUUCAUAAGCUUAACAACAACAAAGCGUGCAUCCAAGCUUCAGAAAACACAUGCAAAUGUAUAAGUGAACAGAUAAACCGCAAUCUGAACCAAGCCAUGGAGCAGCUCAGAGAGGCUGCAGAUAUGUAUCAAACCCAAAACAAUGACACGCUGCAGCAGCUCCUUCAGUUCAGCAAGAACCAGGCCACCCGUCUCACCAAACUAGAGAGCAGCUCACUGCUAGGAGCAGGUCUGGGGCAAGUGGCCAUGAAGACUUUCUCCACUUAUCCAAAGGAACAAGAAGCAAGCAAUGCAGACAGUGGGAAGCUGGAGAGAGCGCUAAUGGCCACCGUUGCAGAUCUCCAAAGGGUACAUGCCCAGCUGGCCUUUUUUCAGCGAGCAACAGCACACAGAUUUCUGCCUUCAGGUUGUGAAAUGGCUUUAUUAUUCCCAAUGCGCUCCAAGCACAUCUUCGCCGAGGUAACACCCUCCAUGUCCAUGUCCCUACAAUCAUUCACCAUCUGUCUGUGGGCCAAAGUGACUCAGUCUCUGAAUAGAACAGUGCUUUUCUCUUACGGCACCAAGAAAAACCCUCAAGAGCUCCAGCUUCUUUUGGCAAGACACUCUGUGCUCCUCACGGUGGGCGGUGAGACCCAUCUAGUGGAAGCUCACAGUGUAGUAACAGAUGGGCAGUGGGGACACUUCUGUGCUGCUUGGAGCUCUGCGCAGGGGCUGGCUACUUUGUGGGUGAAUGGAGAGAACGUUGCCAGAGUGCCUGGAGUAGCUGAAGGCCACGUAUUGCCCAGAGAUGGGUUCAUUCUGCUGGGGCAAGAGCGUAGCCGGUCGGGUAUGUACAGAGAUCUGGACUCAUCGGUUGCCUUCACUGGAAAAAUUACUGGGGUGAACAUGUGGGACCAUGUGCUGGAUGCAGGGAGAAUUAAAGAGUACGCCAGUCAAGACGGAUCCUGUGAUAUCCGCGGGAACGUGAUCGGAUGGGGUGUGUCAGAGAUCAUUCCACAUGGUGGCGCUCAAUAUAUCAACUAAGACUGCACAAAUAUACAUUGCAAUACAAAUUUGUACAUUUAGUAAUAUUCUUUAUAUCAUCAAUGAUUUUGUAUUUACCUUCUUUUCAUUCCAAAUAAAAAGCACUGCUUAAAGGGAUAGUUCACCCAAAAAUAAAAAAUUCUGUCAUUUAUUACUCACCCUCAUGUCGUUCCAAACACCUAAGACCUUCGUUCAUCUUCAGAAACCAAUUUAAGAUAUUUUUGGUUUAUUCCGAGAGCUUUCUGACCCUGCAUAGACAGCAACGCAACUACCACAUUCAAGGCCUAUAAAGGUAGGAAGGACAUUGUUAAAAUAGUCCAUGUGACAUCAGAUUUAGUUUGAACUUGUGUGAAGGUUUCAACGGAGAGGAUGAACUAAGAGAUGGAUGUUCUACUUUCUGGGCCUUGAACGUGUCAGUUGCGUUGAUGUCUAUGCAGGGUCAGAAAGCUCUCAGAUUUCAUCAAAAAUAUCUUAAUUUGUGUUUCGAAGACAAACAAAGGUCUGGGAUGACAUGAGGGUGAGUAAUUCAUGAUUUUCAUUUUUAUUCAUUUAUUGUGUGUUUACUCAUCCUCAGGCAAUCCAAGAUGUAGCUGACUGUCUUGUAGCUGAUGUAGCUGAGGGUUGUAGCUAAAACCAUGAUCCCUGGUGGUUCAUAAAAUGUAAGUCAAGGGUACAGUCGCUUCGAGAGAAGAAAGCAGACAAAAACACAAAAUGAAGUGCCAUGGUUCCUGACAAUAUACUGAGGUAAAACGAUGGGUCUGUGUGAAACUGAACAUUAUUUACAACAUUAUUAUCUGUAAUCCAUUCAGGUUCAGGUUCUUAUACAGAGCAAUCAUUUCACUUCAUAGGCCCUCAUCAGGAGACACAAUUUGAAGAAUUCAUUUUAUUUUUUGUAACUGCUUUUUUUACUCUUGAAGUGGCUGUACACAUUGACCUAUAUUUUUAUGAAUCAUCAAGAACCAUGGUUUCAGCUAAUUAUUUUUUUUUGUUGUUGUUGUUUUUUUUACUGUGUCACUAAAGAAACUCAAAUGUGACCCUGGACCACAAAACCAGUCAUAAUUAGAACGGGUAUAUUUGUAGCAAUAGCCAACAAUACAUUUCAUGGAUCAAAAUUGUCGAAUUGUCUUUUAUGCCAAAAAUCAUUAGGAUAUAAAGUAAAGAGCAUGUUCUGUGAAGAGAUUUUGUAAAUUUUCUACUGUAAAUAUAUCAAAAUUUAAUUUUUGAUUAGUAAUAUGCAUUGCUAAGAACUUCAUUUGGACAACUUUAAAGGUGAUUUUCUCAAUAUUUUGAUUUCUCUCGUGAUAUAAAAUCAAUAUCUUGAUGUAUCUCGUCCAAAUAUUGUCCUAUCCUAACAAAACAUACAUCAGUGGAAAGCUUGUAUAAAUUCAGAUUUCUACAUUUUAAAAAAAAUUUACUCUUAUGACUGGUUUUGUGGUCCAGGGUCACAAAGGCAUUUUGAAUGGCCUGGGGGUGUUUCAUUUGGGUGAAUUAUUCCUUUAAAGGGAUCGUCUACACAAAAAUGAAAUUUCUGUCAUCAUUUACUCUGGAAUGCAAAAGAAGAUAUUUUGAUACAUUUUAUAAUCAGUGUGUUUGUGCAUUCAAUGCUAAAACAUUCUUCAAAAAAGAUUAUUUUGUGUUCCACAAAAGAAAUAAAAUCAAGCAUCUUUGAAAUAACAUGAGGGUGAGUAAAUGAUGACGGAUAUUUCAUUUUUGGAUGAACUAUCCCAUUAACCAUAAAACACUGUACACAAAGCCAAUUAAUAUAGUUUAAUAUUGUGUAUUGUUUUUUCAAUUCUAGCUUUUAGGAGAGAAUUGCAUUACCAUGUAAAUAAAUUAGUUAAAUGCAUAAAAAGCUAAUAAAUUCUA